AGUAGCUCAGCUGAACUGAGCUCACCAUGUUUAUCAACUGCAAACUGGUAAUACUGAUACUCAUGCUGACCCUUGAUGGCCAAGUUCUUACAGGGAAUAUCAUUGGUGGUCACGAGUCUGUGCCACAUAGCAGACCAUACAUGGUGCUUUUGGAGCGGCACAUGAUGAAUAGUAAAAUAAGACACUGUGGUGGCUUCCUUCUGAAUGAGGAUUUUGUGAUGACUGCAGCCCACUGUGAUGCUAGUUCCUACAAUGUCUUACUGGGAGUUCACAAUGUCCGUAAAAGUAGUGAAACACAGAAUAUACCUGUGGUCCAGACAUUUCCACGUAAAGACUACGAUGCAACGGAUUUCAAAAAUGACAUUAUGCUCCUUAAGUUGAGCUCCAAGGCAAAUUUCAACAAAAAUGUGAAACCCAUUGCUCUCGCAGGCCAAGAUGAUGGCUCUCUCCCAAAAUCAUGUCUAAUCUCAGGCUGGGGAAGAUCUGACAGGAACAACAAUUAUAUGUCUCUGGUACUCAUGGAAGCCAAUGUAACACUCAUUGACAGUAGGCAGUGUGCUAAGGAAAACUCAUAUUGUACUGAGGGAGAGACCGGACCUGGAGAGGGAGACUCUGGUGGGCCAUUGGUCUGUGAAGAUGGGAAGGCAUACGGGGUGGUGUCCUCCUCCAAACCAAACCAAAAUGGCCUGCAAACCUAUAGUUACAGUAAAAUUCCUGACUACAGAAGCUGGAUCGAUUCGAUUAUGGAGCCUAACGGAAAGUUCUGCUAGAUCUAUCACUUACUUGAUCAAAUUGCAAUAUUUGUGUUUGUGUAACGUUGGAAAGCUAAGAGUUGAUUAUUAUUCCACAUCAAUGAGACUGUCAGACCCAAGUCUGGCUUGCUUGCUUCAGACAGACUGAAAAAUUAAAAGAUUGAAAAUAUAUGAAUAUUAUUUAGUUAAAUUGAAACCAAAGUGAUAUGUUUUGACUUUUUAUGCUACAGCUGUUUCUUCUGCAUCAGGGAGACUUGAACAAGCAAAUCAUGGCACACAAAUUAAUUAUGAACUUAAAAUCAGUUCUGUGGGGACUGUUUAAUAGAUGUGAUAUCUAUUGAUGUUAAAUACAGUAUCUCAUCCUGCUCUUAAAUAUAUACAUUAUCGCUUUGUGCAUCUUGUUUUUUGACUACAUCAAAUGAGC